AUGCCAGAUACGGAUUUCAUAAUGAAGUGUCGUGGACUGCCAUGGUCUUGUACAGAAGAUGAUCUGCGUGAAUUUUUUGGGGAAGCAGCAAGAUCAAUUACUCAGAUAAAGCUAACGAAAGAUCGUGAUGGACGUGCAAGCGGUGAGGGAUUUGUUGUAUUUAGCAAUCGAGAAGAUUAUGACUUUGCUUUAACAAAAGACAAAAAAUAUAUUGGUAAACGAUACGUGGAGCUUCAACAAGUAUCAUCGAUGGAGUCGGAUUGUGAUGAUGGUGACAAGCGUUACGGAGAAUCAGUAACAGAUCCAAAUUUGCCUGGCCGUGAGACAUCUAUCGUUAGAUUGGGAGGCUUACCAUACGGUUGUACUAAGGAAGAAAUAAUGCGUUUCUUCGAACCACUUGAAAUAGCUGAUAAAGGUAUUGUUAUGACCUACGAUCGUUACAGUGGAAAACCAAAAGGCGAGGCUUUCGUUGCAUUUAAUGAUGAUGACUCUGCUUCCAAAGCGCUUGCUAAAAAUAAGGAAUACAUUCAGCAUAGAUAUGUGGAUAUAUAUCCGUCGUCUUACGGUGAGAUGCUUCGAACUUUGGAUGGAGGUUUUGAUCCAUACUAUGGUAGCGGUCGAGGAUGGGAAAGAGAUCGUCGCCCGAGGGGUUUGCCAUAUGAUCGUCCAGGUUCUGAUCGGGGAUAUCGCGAUUCCAGAAUGCACCGAAAUGAAAAAGGGGGAUUUGCUUGUGAAAGCCAAGGUGGAUUCUAUAAUGGCUGGUUGGGAACAGAUGAGUUGAUUAGCGGUUUAUCAGAUCUGAUUAUUCUGGGUCUUGCUGGAAAUUUUGGACAUGUCUGGGAUCGCUGCGAUCUUGGAAAAUAUGGUGGUGGUAGCGACGGUUAUGAUGAUGGGUACGGUGGUGGACGUGGUGGUGGAGGACCAAUGCGACGGGGUUGGAGAGAUGAACCGCCGAUGGGUGGCCAUAGGGGGUAUUCACCACCGCGGCGUCGUUACACGACGCCGCCACCGGAAUACUGUAUACGGAUGCGCGGUCUUCCAUAUCGGGCCACGGAACGCGACAUAAUCGAUUUUUUCUGGAUUGAUAUUCUGGAUUGGGGCUUGAUUUGCGAUGAUUUUAUUAUUUUGAGCAAUUUUAUAGAGUUUUUCCAACCGCUGCGGCCAGCAUCGAUUGAUGUGCUGUACGAGUAUGGAACGGAUCGUCCUAGUGGUGAGGCAAUUGUCGAAUUUAGAAAUCGAGCAGAUUUUGAUGCUGCCAUGCAACGCAAUCGAAAUUAUAUGGGCAUGAUCACGUUACGUAGAGCUCAUCCCGGAACACUGAAAUCCAUUAUGGAAGAAGCCAUGAAUUUCCAGAAAUUUGAUCUUCGUAUAAAAUUAUCAAUUAGUGGAAUUUUCGAGUUAUACAAGUGGAACAUUGUUCAGGGUAGGAACUUUGGUGAAACAGAAAAACGUAAACGCCGAAAAAUUUAUAGUCAAACAAAUAAGAUUGGGGAUGUAAAUGCCGGGGAUUAUGAUCUCAAUGUCGACACACUUUUACAUGAUUGGAACUCCACGUAUUUAUCUUAUCGGACAUCAUCAAUAUUCAUUACCACAUUCAAUGUUAACGGGCGUAUACCGAAACUGGAUGGAAUAUCAGGCUGGUUAAGUUGUGAAGGCAUUUUUCCACCUGACUUUUACAUUAUUGGGCUUCAAGAAAUGGACUUGUCGCCACAAGCUUUCAUAAUGAAUACAUCGACACGACACAUGGAAUGGAAAGUCAUUAUUGCAAAAUCUUUUCCUGAAGGCACUAAUUAUGAUCUGAUAGGUGAGGUACGAUUGGUGGGCAUACUGCUGGCAGUUUACCGACGUAUAGGGAGUAAAAUCAAAGUACGUCCAUCCGAAAUUGACGCAGUUUUGGUACCCAGCGGUCGAUGUAAUGUGCUUGGAACACCUCUGAGUAACAAGGGUGGUGUUGCGAUAAGCAUAUAUAUGAAUGAUACAGCAGUAUGCUUUGUGAACGCACAUUUCGCCGCUCAUCUUGAGGCAAAUGAAAAACGGAUCAUGGAUUAUGAACACAUCGUCAAAAGUAUAUAUUUUCGUCGAAAUGGUAAAGCACUUUUCGAACAUGAUGCUAUUUUUUGGUUUGGUGAUUUAAAUUUUCGCCUGGAUACUGCAUAUGGAAUGAGUAACAAUGAAUUACGUGAAUUAUGCAAUGAUAAUGAAGCAUUCAGAGACAUGAUCAUUUACGAUCAGAAGGAUGUUCACAUCAGACAAAAAUUUUACGACAGUAUACCAUCCAUCAAAUUUUCGGAUCACAGACCAGUUAGAGCCCUUUUUUACUUGGGGGUACAAGAAAUUGAUUUCAUCGAAUACGAUAAGACUUAUCGAAGAGCGUUCAGAGAAGCAAAUCGUCGCAACGAUUAUCGCAAUACGGAAGAAGAAAAGAAAGUGAAAUUGUGA